AUGGAGACGCAGAUGAUGUGCAUGGUCGACGUCCGGCCCCGCCGCCGCCGCAACAUCGACAUCCCGACCGGCUACUACGGCAACGCGUUGGCGUUCCCGGUGGCCGUGGCGACAUUCCGAGAGCUGUGCGCGAACCCCGUGAGCUACGCCGUGGAGCUGGUGAAGCGGGCCAAGGAGCAGGUGGACAUGGAGUACACGCGGUCGGUGGCCGGCCUCAAGGUGCGUUACGGACAGCCGCCUUUCUCGUACGCGGUCACGGACGAGACCAAGGCUGGGUUCGCCGGCCUCGACUUCGGGUGGGGCGCGCCCGUGUACGGUGGGCCGGCCAUCAGCGGGAUCUGGGGCAGCUUCUUCCUCCCGUCCAAGAGCGCCGCCGGAAAGGGCGAGGACGGCAUCAUGGCGACCAUGUGCCUGCCCGCCGUCCUCAUGGACAAGUUCGUGGAGGAGAUGGGCAAGCUGCUACGCCCGGCCGUCGUGAUUAAAUCCGCAAUGUGA